AUGCCAACAGGAAGCUGUCUCUGCGGAAAUGUCACGUACUCGUAUAUCGGGUUGCCAUACAGAACACUUGUCUGCCACUGCAUGCACGAUCGCAAAGUCAGCGGGAGCGCCUUCACUACCGACCACGUCGUCCUCGAGAACGCCUUUACGCUGGUAACGGGUGUGCCGAAGAUAGUGUUGCGGACGGGUAUUAGCGGAAUGAACUCGAGACUUCAUUCCUGCCCCAAUUGCAAUAUUACGCUUUUUGAGAUGGCGGAGUUAUGGCCUGGCCGGGUGAUCAUCAAGGCGGGGACACUAGAUGAUAAAGAGGUGAUGGAUGCUGUAAAGCCCGAGAUGGAGCUUUUCAUCAGCCGCAAGGCUGCGUGGUUGCCGAAGUUGGCUGAGAAUCAGUUUGAAACUCAACCACUUGAAUUGUGA